AUGGGACGUUCGUGAAACCGAACGAGACCAUGCUGAAGGAUGGCCAGACCGCCAUGGCGUACUAUAGGAGCAUGUGGACUCCGAAAGACCUUGAGGCGGCAAAGGGCCUAUCCCAGAAGGAUGUGUUCAGCCGCUUUCCCCAAUCUGCUAUGGAGACAUUGUUCGGAAUGAUGGCUAUGCAGAAGCAGGUGGAGAUGGGGAACGCCAGGGCUCGUAAGUUUUCUGAUAGCCUGGAGGUGGCUAAUAAAGAAAACGACCUUCUCGCCAUGAAGAAUACCGAGGGGUAUUACACCACAUCUGCUCGAAGAGAGACUACCGCAUCUUCCAAGGUCUGGAUUCGCUCCCUUAGGCUGGGUGUUUGA